UCCAAGCCAGUGUGUGGUGGCUCGCACCCUCAGCAGACCUCAGACCCUCAUGACCAUAGCCACAAAGAUCUCCUUGCAGAUGAACUGCAAGAUGGAAGGAGAGCCGUGGAGCGUCGAGAUCCCGUUGAAGCACCUGAUGAUGUUGGUAUCGACUGCUACCACGACAGUGCCGCAGGAAAGAGAUCCAUCGGUGCACUGGUGGCCAGCCUCAACCCGGGCAUGUCCAGCUGCGCUGAAGGCCUACUUCAAAUACAACGAAUGUUUGCCGUCACGCAUCGUGGUGUACCGAGACGGCGUGGGCGACGGCGUGCUGCUGAGCGUAGUCGACUAUGAAGUGCCUCAGGUCACGCAGUCCACCAAGGCCAUGGGUGAAGAUUACACGCCCAAACUGACUGUGUUGGUGGUGAAGAAACGCAUCUCUUCCAGAUUCUUCGCUGUCCUCGACACCAGACCGAGCAACCCUCCUCCCGGAACGGUCAUCGACGCCGAAGUCACGUGACCCGAGUGGAGUGUUCAGGCAUAGUUCAUCCAUCUUUUUCUCUUUCUCUUUCUGAUCACAGCUUCAGGUUGCGUUCGGUGUGUUUUAAAUGCUGAUGGCUUGAUUUGUCAGGUACGACUUCAUCGUGAGUCACAAAGUGCGCUUCAGCAGUGUGGCCCCAACUCACUACAACGUGGUGUACGACAGCAGUGUCCUCAAACCAGAACACAUGCAGAGACUCACCUACAAACUCUGCCACAUGUAUUACAACUGGCAGGUGAAAGCCACACACACACACACACACACACACACACACACACACACACACACACACACACACACACACACACACGUUCAUACAAGCCCGCUUUCUACACAACCCCAGAUCAUGCUGAUUGAUGAUGUAAGGAUUGAGGAUGUGGUCAUUUUCUUUAAUCGCACGUCUAUCAUUAGAGAAUCCGCAUCGUGUGAUCAAAAACGGAGAACGCGCAUGAAUUUGUUACAGAAUUUGUCCAAGAUUUUAUUGGGAAUGUUUCGUACAGUGUUGACGAUCUAAAUAGCUUAAAACCGUGUAAUUGCAGGGUUAAAGAUACGAGCUAUACGAGAUCAAGCCUGUGAUCGGAGUGUCCGUAUACUCGAUGUUUACAAAACCGCAAGAACGGAAGUGAAAUGCUAUCAGUCAAACACGUCAGAGUUAAUGUAUUGUUCUGAUGGCUGAAGGAAAAUUUUACUUAACGGUUAUAUCUUAAGGGUGAGCUGAGGUUGUGUAUGAUUAGUUUAGGAGAGAGAGAGAGAGAGAGAGAGAUGUAGAGAAAAGGAAAUAAAGAAUUAACAGGUGCUGUGAAUUGAGGAUGUGUAGAAAAAAAGUAUAUUUAAAGCAGAUGAAUGAGUAUUAGAAGCCGAGAAAGGUGAGGUUACAUUCGUGUUUCCUGGAGGAUGCAGUAGAGGUGUGUGUGUGACUUCCUGUAUACAUAUAUACACACGGUUGUGUGUAGUUUUAGAAACAUCUGGGACUUGAAUUUUCAGUGUGCACAUGAUAGAUGUGCUAUAUAAUGUAAUUUAGAAACCGGUGGAUUACACGAAUAUUUUACACUAAAUAUGAAACUUAUUCACUUCGACUGAACAUUAAAUGAAUCUCAGAACUGAGACAGUAUUAAACAGUCAGUAACAGAGGCCCCUGUGAGAAUCAGAACCUCAGGUUUAAUCAGUGUUGUGGAAUGUGAUAUGAUCAAAUCAACAAGUUAGUAUAUUUUACUUGUACUCUAAACCGGUUAUCUAGGAAUUGUAGUGGAAAAAAACUACUUGAGUCCAGCACUUUCCUUUAACUGGAGCUGAAACUUGUUGUUAAAGCGUUUUUGGCCUUUUGUCAACCCUACAGUGCACGUCCCCGAGGUGUGUUCACUGUUCAGGUUUUCCUACAAAAUGUCACCUCCUGUAAUAACACGAGCACUGCUUUUUAUUUAUUUAAAUAUUUUACAUAUACAGAUUAUAUACUUUCUGUACAUUUACAAAAGGUUGGUGUAGAUUUAACAGAUUUUACACAGAAUCCAUCUGUCCAAGUCGAGACUUUCUGUAAUAUAUCCAGAAGUAGAGGGCAAGUGUGAUAAAUGCCAUGGCGCUCCCUGUCAUCUUGGCCAUAUGUUUUUCUUCUGCCCUGAUCGCCAUGGUUUUUGGACUGGUUUCUUUACUGUCAUGUCCACUAUUCUCAGAGUAGAUUUAAAACCUUGCUCUUUUUUAAAACCAGGUUCUCUUUUACACACACCUGAGAGGAGAUAAACCAGCUGAACUUUCUAAUCUUACAUUAAACAUCCAACAAGCAGCUUUCGGGUCACAGUGAGAUAUUAAUGACAAGUUCCUGUAACACUUCUUCUGCUUUAAACUCGAACCUGAGGGUGACGACGCCAUCUCAAACUAAAACAACUUCUAUCUUCAAAGCUCCAGUGCAGAAGAGUUACUCUGACCGGGGUGGAGUAUUUCAGUGUAGUACCUUCUGAUCGGCGAUCAGCCUGCCAUCAUGCAGCUCACCUUCCGUCACCAUGUCCUCCUUCUCGGCUGCACGUUAAAUGCAGUCAGUGAAACCGGUGCGUAAUGAACCUGUAGAGAGAGAGAGAGAGAGAGAGAGAGAGAGAGAGUGAAUGAAUGAAUGAGUUCAGAUGUUACUUUAACACAUCUGUGAUCUGAGUGCCUUGACCUCUGACAUGAUCUGCCUGGCGAGGUAGGAACUGUGAGGUUAAACGCUGUGACUGUAAAUAAACACUGAAACAGGUGUUGACUCCUGCACUUACCACAUGCGCAGAAACUCUGGCAAGAGCCUAAGGAUCCUCCACUGAGCUCUCCACACCUACAGGAACACAGGUCUUUUAAACUCACGCACUUCGUUGUACAUCUAAACCGUUAUCCAUGGACAGAACACACACUCUCCCCAAACAAUAUAAACACAGUAAAAUAAAACUCAAGUGAUCGAGUCACUGAUGAAUCGUUAGAGAAGGACGAGCGCAUUGGAGCGGUUGUGCUGCACGCGGGGACGAACGACACCAGGCUGCGGCAGACGGAGGUUCUGAAGAGGGACUUCUCCAGCCUGAUCGAGACGGUACGAGGCAGAUCACCCACCCCGAAGAUCAUUGUCUCUGGACCUCUUCCCACAUACAGACGUGGAGCAGAAAAGUUCAGUAGACUUCUAGCAUUAAAUGAUUGGUUAGUCUCUUGGUGUAAUGAGCAGAAUCUGGUGUUUGUCAAUAACUGGGAUCUGUUCUGGGAGCGUCCUAGGUUGUUUCGUCCUGAUGGCCUGCACCCCAGCAGCCUCAGAGCGGAACUGCUUUCAGACAACAUUUCCAAGACACUACACUCCAAGUGACUGUCUACCGUAAGUACAUCUUCCAAUAAUAACAACAUUCAGUAAAAUCAAUGUUCAACUAAAAAUCCAGGAAAGGUAAUACAUACUAUAGAGACUGUGUCUGUUCCCCGAGCUAUACAAAUAUAUAGAAAAUCUCGGAAAGUCUAUCUUCGUAACUUAAUUAACAUAAAAUUAAAUCAUAUUGAAUGCACAUCCAGCACUUUUGAUCUGAAGCUAGGACUAUUAAACAUUAGAUCUCUUGCGUCUAAGGCUCUUAUUGUUAACGACAUCAUUACUGAUCAGGAAUGUAAUUUAAUGUGUUUAACAGAAACUUGGAUUAAACCAAACGAGUACAUAGCAUUAAAUGAAGCCAGUCCUCCUGGAUACAGUUAUGUACAUCAGCCUCGUUCAACUGGUAGAGGAGGAGGUGUUGGUCUCAUCCAUAGUCAAAAUCUAGUCGUCACACAAAAACCUAGUCAUAAAUUUAAUUCUUUUGAAAUUCUUUAUACCAGUAUAAGUUAUGUAGCCACAAAAAAUAAGUCAAUUCCUCUAAUUAUUAUUUACAGACCCCCAGGGCCAUAUACUGAAUUUCUUAGUGAAUUUACAGACUUUAUCUCAAACCUGGUUGUGUCUGUAGAUAAAGCAUUAAUCGUCGGAGACUUUAAUAUUCAUUUUGAUAACCUGGAAGACCCUCUAAGAAUAGCGGUUGUGUCCAUCUUAGAUUCAGUAGGGAUUAAUCAGAACGCAAUCGGGCCUACUCAUAAUGGUGGUCACACUCUUAACCUCAUACUAACAUACGGACUAAGUAUAGAAAAUAUUAUCAUUUUUCCGCAGUCUGAAGUUGUCUCAGACCAUUAUCUUAUCUCGUUCAUAAUACGUAUUGAUCAUAAUAUUUCCACCUCGUCUCGCUACCGCGUAAAACAUACCUACACAUCAGCUACUGCACCGAGCUUCAUAAAUAACCUCCCAGAGACAUCAAUUAGAUUUGGAUCACCGUCAGAUCACACAGAACUCGAUCAGGCGACUGAAAGCUUGGAGUCAACACUCCGCUACACGCUAGAUAGAGUGGCUCCACUCAAAAGGAAAAUAAUUAGAGAGAAAAAAUUAGCACCCUGGUAUAAUGAUCAAACGCGAACCUUAAAACAGACAACUUGACAAUUAGAACGUAAAUGACGUCAAACCAAACUGGUGAUAUUUCAAACAGCAUGGAAGGAGAGCCUACUGAAAUAUAGGAAAUCUCUUGGCGAUGCUAGAAAAAUCUAUUUCUCCACCUUAAUAGGAGACAACAAAAACAAUUCUAGAUUCCUUUUCAACACAGUAGCAAAAUUAACUAGGAAUAAAACCACUACAGAGAGAAACACUCAAUCAUUACAUAGCAGUGAAGAUUUCAUGAAAUUUUUCAAUGAUAAGGUUGAAAAUAUUAGACGUGAAAUACAGGCCAUUAAAUUAAAACCGGACAGUACUGUAACAAACCCAUUACAUAACAAUGUAGCAAUAUCAGAUCAAUGUUUAGAGUGUUUUGCUCCGCUUAGAGAGACCGAACUAGCUACAUUAAUCUCUUCAGCCAAUUCAUCAACUUGCAUACUAGAUCCCGUACCUACAUGUUUCUUUAAACAGAUUUGUCCAGGAGUAAUUGAACCACUUUUAAAUAUAAUCAAUUCUUCCCUAAGCACUGGCUAUGUACCUAAAUCACUUAAAUUAGCAGUUAUUAAACCCUUGAUUAAAAAACCUGAUCUUGACCCGUCUCAAUUGUCCAACUAUAGACCAAUAUCUAAUCUCCCCUUCAUCUCUAAGAUUUUAGAAAAGGUUGUAGCAAAGCAGUUAUGCUCGUACUUAGAUAGGAAUAACAUUCAUGGAAUGUAUCAGUCAGGAUUUAGACCUCAUCAUAGCACAGAGACAGCGUUAGUUAAAGUAGUAAAUGACCUUCUACUGACUUACGAUCAGGGUUGUGUCUCGCUGCUUGUGUUACUCGACCUUAGUGCAGCUUUUGAUACUAUAGAUCACACUAUUCUACUUGAUAGAUUAGAAAAUGUUGUUGGUAUUAAGGGAACAGUCCUCUCCUGGCUCAGGUCUUAUCUGACCGAUCGUUAUCAGUUCGUAGAUGUAAAUGGUGAUUUCUCCAUGCGUACUGAGGUUACUUUUGGAGUUCCACAGGGUUCUGUUUUAGGCCCACUGCUCUUUACUUUAUAUAAGAUACCCCUAGGUCAAAUUAUUCGUAAACAUGGGAUUAGCUUCCACUGUUAUGCUGAUGAUACACAGUUGUAUGUUUCAGCGAAGCCAGAGGACAGACAGAAGCUUAGUAAAGUUGAGGAUUGUGUAAAGGACAUUAGACAUUGGAUGUUAACUAACUUCCUUCUACUUAAUUCUGAUAAAACAGAAAUACUUUUAUUAGGCCCACGUGUAGCUAGAAGUAUUCUUUCUGAUCACAUGGUUACUCUGGAUGGUCUUUCUGUUUCAUCAUGUGCAGCAGUUAAAGACCUUGGAGUUAUUAUUGACUCCAGCCUAUCAUUUGAUGCUCAUGUAGAUAAUAUUACUAGGAUAGCCUUCUUUCAUCUCAGAAAUAUUUCUAAAAUAAGAAACAUAUUGUCACUACAUGAUGCGGAAAUACUAGUUCAUGCAUUCGUCACCUCUAGAUUAGAUUACUGUAAUAUCUUACUGUCUGGAUGUUCCAGUAGGAAUAUAAAUAAGCUCCAGUUAGUCCAGAAUGCAGCUGCUAGAGUCCUAACUAGAACUAGAAGAUACAACCAUAUAACACCGAUAUUAUCAAUACUGCAUUGGCUCCCAGUAAAAUCUCGCAUUAACUAUAAAAUACUUUUAUUAACCUAUAAAGCACUAAAUGGUCUCGCGCCACAAUAUCUAAGCGACCUUUUGGUUUUAUAUGAUCCGCCACGCCUACUUGGAUCAAAAGAUGCAGGCUAUUUGACGGUACCUCGAAUAGUGAAGGCUACAGCAGGGGGAAGAGCUUUCGCUUAUAGAGCCCCACAGUUAUGGAACAGUCUUCCUAUUAGUGUUCGGGACUCAGACACAGUCUCAGUGUUUAAGUCUAGGCUUAAAACGUAUUUGUUUACUCAAGCCUACCCUGAAUAGAUUCUGUUCUACUACUUCGCAGUCAUAAUAAUCUUUUUUCUCCCUCUCUCCUUUCGCCGAGCCCCACACGAAUUUAUGGAGAUACUAGAGAUCCAGAUCCUUUCUGCCUCUGGAUUUAGCUCAAAUCUUCUCUAAUUCCAGACUGCUGGGACUACGGCUGCUCCUAACGCCAUACAGACUUCAUAUAAAUCCAUAAUGAACUUUUUCACACUAUCUGUUGUUACCCAGAUGAGGACGGGUUCCCUUCUGAGUCGGGUUCCUCUCAAGGUUUCUUCCUCUUAAAACAUCUUAGGGAGUUUUUCCUUGCCACCGUCGCCACUCAGUGGCUUGCUCAGUUGGGAUAAAUUCGCACCUUUAAUAUCUGUAUACCAUGUUGAUAUUUCUGUAAAACUGCUUUGAGACAAUGUCUAUUGUAAAAAGCGCUAUUGAAAUAAAAAAAAGAUUGGUAUAGUCA